GUGCUACUACAUACUUUUGGCUCGCUGACGACUGCACGAUAUUACAAGGUCUAUGAGAGGCCGAGAUAACCGAGUCUAGAUAUCUGUGACAAUUCGAUGUAUGAUGACAGGGGUGGGGGUGGGGGAUGGAGAGGGGGAGGAUAGCUGUAAUUGAUCAUCAGUGCAAGUCAACAUCCCUGAAAAGCAUAUGUCAAAGGAAUCGGGAUCAGACACACAGUAAUAAUUUCUAUUCGCAGCUGUGGCUGUCAUCAUAAAAAAAAAUAUCCUGCAGAAAUUAGCGCACAAAGACGACUGAGAAAACAUUCCAGCCAUUUACGAUUCGUGAUCUCACAUACGUAUUAUACCUUCUAUAAAGCAAUGGCAGCACCUUCGCCUUCCACAGUUGCAGCAUCUGUUGCAUUCGACAGCGAUCUGAGCACGGCACCUGGCACUGAUUUUGGUGCGACACAAGCAGACGAAGACAACGACGACGAAGUACUGGCCGAGAUCCCAGUCUAUUUAAGCAACAAUUUGUCGAAAUACCUUUACGUGUACCAGUACCCGUUGCGCAAUGCACCCUUUACCAGUCGCACAGGACCGGUAGCAGCACGCAUUAAACCCAGAGCGCACAUGGUAGAGUUGGAUCUGCCAAUCGACACACGAUCGCCCCAUUAUAGCAGUGAACGUGGAGAAGAUUUUGCCAUGGGCAUGAAUGACAAAAAGAUCAAGACGGCAUACGAUAAACGUAUGGAAGAACACGAAGAAGAGCAGUUAUAUGGACGGUCAGGCAGUAUGAAAAAGGAGGAAGAGUUGCUGGAUCGCAUGACGUUUAGUUCUACGGAAGUGCCUGCGCAGACCAAAUAUGUUGUAGGAGCAUUGCGUGAUGGCGAGCUCCAUUUGACGCCUGUACGCGGCACUAUUCAGAUGCGACCGGCGUUCAAGUAUAUUGAUAAGAUUGAUGAAAAGUUCAAGGCAGCAAAUAAGCGGAUUCAGGAAUCGGAAAAGGAUGAAGAAGAGACGAAGAAAAAGGCAGCAGAGGCCGGAAAAGCCCAGACACUACAGGUCUCGAUGAAGAAUGCAGAGAGGGACGGGCCAGCAAGACGGAACGCUUACUCGCUGGCAGUGCGAAAUGCGGAAGAGGAGGCUUGGCAACCCGUAGUGUACUAUGAUGAAACGACUCAAGAGGCGGAGAUGGUGUACGACGACCUGUUCACCCAAAAGAAGCAAGUGCUCAAGAGCUCAACAAGUCGCGACGAUUAUCUUGAAAGUUUAAGUGGAAUAAAGCGCUCGCAUUAGCAACGUGUGUGUGUGUGUGUGAAAAAGAAGCACCCAAAUCUUGGAUUUGAUCUGCUACUAUGAGAGUCUGUGGCACCAGGGCCAAAAAGGUGCACAAAAACCCAUAUUGUAUGACGAUAAAAAUAACUUUGCUUGAUUCUUCUUCUUGCUUUCCUCCCCUCCCUUCUUCCUCUCUCUCUCUCUCUCUUUCGUUCCUCCGUUG